CUCAUCCUUUCUUUCCUCUUCCUCUCCGUCUCUCCCUCCAUUAAUCUCGCUUAAUUAGCUUUUCCAUUGGGAGGCGAUGGUGAGAUCGCCGGCGAGGGACGAGGCGGCGGGCGCCGCCGUAAAGAAGGGGCCGUGGACGCCGGAGGAGGACCAGAAGCUGGCCGAGUACUUGGAGAAGCACGGCCGCGGGAGCUGGCAGCGGAUCCCCAAGCUCGCCGGCCUCAACCGCUGCGGCAAGAGCUGCCGGCUCCGCUGGACCAACUACCUCCGGCCGGACAUCAAGCGCGGAAAGUUCACCGACGAGGAGGAGCAGCUCAUCAUCCGCCUCCAUUCCCUCCUCGGAAACAAGUGGUCGUCGAUCGCCGCGAAGAUGCCGGGAAGGACCGACAACGAGAUCAAGAACUACUGGAACACGCACCUGAGGAAGAAGCUCCUGCGGAUGGGCAUCGAUCCGGUGACUCACCGCCCGGCGCCGGCGAAUCUCAAUCUGCUUUCCAGCUUACUCUGCCCCAGCGCCGCCACCCACUUGGGCAAUGCUCUCGAUCCUCAAGUAGACGUAGCUCACCUCCUCAAACUGCAGCUGCUGCAGAGCAUCCUCCAGCUUCUCACAGGCAGCAGCGCCACCUUCCCCGUCGCCGCUGCCGCCGCCAUCGCCGCCGCCCCAAACGCAAACUUGCUCGAUCUGCAGAGAUCAAUUAAUAUUCCACUGGGCAGCACUAACCACAGCAUGAACAGUUUGCCCAUGGACGAGGAGGCGAGCAUGGAGAUCAGCAGCACAAACUCUUUUCCGGCGCCGGCGCCGGCGCCGGAGCCGGCGGAGAAUUCGAGCACUGACGCAACUGGUGAGGCCUGGGAAGACAGUGAUUUCUGGAAAGACAUAAUAGAUCAAAUGGCAUGGCCAGAUGAACCCUAGAAGAAGAAUUAUUCAUGGAUUGGCGAAAGCAUUGUGCGUGAUUAAUAUUGUAAAACAAAAACAUUUCUGAACAUUAGAUUUUUUUUGUUUAUGUGUAAACAAUAUGUUGAUGUAAACAGUUGAAUAAAGAGUGGUUCUUUUUUU